CAGAGGGUCGUCUGUGUGGACGGGCUCGACGGACCAGCCGAGCGGCGGAGAAGCGUGCCGCACAGUGACAGCGAGCUGUUGCGGUAAGGCAAUAUCAUGGAGGCUGGAUGUGUGGUUGCCGCGGAGAUUGAGAAUGCCGCCUCAGGACCCCAGGGAGAACCAGGAAGCGGUGACGUCCUUGACGGUGCUGCUGUGUUGCCACAUAAUGACCCGGGCAAAGACAAUGCCUCGCCUGAAGCUAUUGACCAUAAUCCCCCGGCACAGAAACAGCCACAGGAGACAUGCACUGCCACGAUGUGGGGUGAUGAGGUCAUCGAGCAGCUAGCCGAGCCCCUUCUGCGUUCCUGCGUCAGCACGGCCAGCAUGAAGGUCAAGAACAUGAAGACGCUGACAUUUCCCAGAGGUCACUUUCCCAGGUUGGCGGAGUGUGCCCAUUUCCACUAUGAGACGGUUGACUUUGGCUCCGUACAGCUGGCUUUUGCAGAGGAGCAAGGUGAGAGAUUGAAGGCUGCUCUGGACACCAAAGAGCCGGUCUUUCUGGUCCAGAUCUGCUGCCAGAGCCGGAGUUGGCUGGUGAAGAGGUCAUACGAGGAUUUCCGGGUGCUGGACAAACACCUGCACCUGUGCAUCUAUGACCGACGCUUCUCCCGGCUCACCGAGAUUCCACGAUAUGACGUGUUAAAGGACACAGUGGAGUCUGCAACCGAGAUGUUGGCAGCUUACCUGUUGCGUCUCUCAGCCAUCGCUGACAACAAGAUCAACUGCGGACCGGUUCUCACAUGGAUGGAGAUCGACAACAAGGGGAACCAUCUGCUGGUAUCCGAAGAGGCCUCCAUUAACGUACCUGCCAUAGCUGCUGCCCACGUCACCAAGCGCUACACUGCCCAGGCCACAGACGAGUUGACAUUUGAGGUAGGAGACAUUGUGUCGGUCAUUGACAUGCCGCCCAAAGAGGACACAGGCUGGUGGAGAGGGAAACAUGGCUUCCAGGUUGGUUUCUUCCCCUGCGACUGUGUUGAGCUCAUAAAUGACAAGAUCCCCCCCAGUGUUCAGAGCUCAGUGCCGAAGCCAGUGUGUAAGAAGCAUGGGAAGCUGGUGACGUUCCUUCGGUCCUUCAUGAAGUCACGACCUCCGCCGCAGAAGCUGCGGCAGCGCGGCAUACUGAAAGAGAGGGUGUUUGGCUGUGAUCUCGGAGAACAUCUACACAACUCAGGACACGAAGUUCCCCAGGUUAUCAGAAGCUGUGCUGAGUUCAUAGAGAAACAUGGAGUUGUUGAUGGCAUCUACAGACUCUCUGGGAUCUCUUCCAACAUCCAGAAACUCAGGCAUGAAUUUGACUCGGAGCAGGUCCCGGACCUCAGCAGAGAUGUGUUCAGACAGGAUAUCCAUUCCGUGGGCUCCCUGUGCAAACUGUACUUCAGAGAGCUGCCCAACCCGCUGCUCACCUACCAGCUCUAUGACAGAUUCUCAGAGGCCGUGUCUGCAGCCACAGACGAGGAGAGGCUAGUCAAAAUCCACAACGUCGUUCAGCAGCUGCCUCCGCCACACUACAGGACUCUGGAGUUCCUGAUGAGGCAUCUGUCCCGACUAGCCACAUUCAGCCCCAUUACGAACAUGCACACUAAAAACCUGGCUAUCGUCUGGGCACCCAACUUACUCAGGUCGAGACAGAUUGAGUCAGCUUGUUUCAGCGGCACAGCGGCGUUCAUGGAGGUGCGAAUCCAGUCGGUGGUGGUGGAGUUCAUCCUCAACAACACCGAGGCUCUCUUCAGCCCCAAACUCAACGCCGUCAUACGAGAAAACACAGGUAACAACACUUUAUCCAGACCCAAGUCCUUGCUGGUCUCCUCCCCUUCCACCAAGCUCCUCUCUCUGGAGGAGGCCCAGGCCCGGACCCAGGCUCAGCUGAAUUCUCCGGUCACCACGCCAUGUUUGUCCCACAGCGAGUACAUCGAGGUCGGAGAGGGACCUGGAGCCCUGCUGGGCAAGUUCCACACAGUCAUCGAGCUCCCGGUGGAGAGUGGCAGCAAACGGGGUCCUGCUAAGGUUAAAAAGUCUCCUGUGGGCAACUGGCUGUCCUUCUUCCACCUUGGCAAGUCCCAUUCUGUGUGUAAACGUAAGCUGAAACGCCACCCCAGCGAGCCCAACGAGAUAAAGAGCAUCGCACUGCCAGGUGGGAGAGGAGAUUGCGGUACACUUCGCUCCACAAAAAGUGAGGAAUCGCUCACCUCUUUGCACAACCUGGAAGCAGAGCCUCAAGGCCGUCGCCCCUCCAGACCUCGUUCCACCAGCGAGGCCAUCUCUGCCGCCUGCCGGGAGGAUUUACUGAAAAUUCGAAGUAAAAAUGAUCACAGUAACCGCCACCAGAAUGACCGCCACGAUGGUGCUGACGGUGUUUCAUCUCCACAUCAGGAGGAUGACCUUGACCUUUGCCCCCCGGCCCCAGGCAUUGCCACGCUGGACUUUGACCCCAUGUCCUAUCAGUGCAGCCCACCCUUGGAAAUGCCCGGCCCACAGCACGCUAAGGAGAACAGGAAAUGGAGGAAAAUUGGAACAGGCUCAACCGAUUUUGAACCUGCCUCUUCACUGAAUGAACUCCACGGCGGGUCCCAGUCCCCCCAUGUCCACCCGUUCCGGUGUGACAGAGGCGUGAAAAUGGUGACCAAACCGCUCUCCCCAAAAGUCAGGAAGAAGUCAUUCAAGACCUCUUCUGCCGUCGAAGCUGAUGUGCGGAGUGCGUCCAUCUCCACGCGACGUCAGGAGGCGGCGUUGGCCUGUCCUCCGCCCGCCCCCUCGUCGUACCCCCCGGUGGAGAUAUGUGAAGCAUUGGUGGCAGAUGGGGGACAGCCCAAAGCUCCUUACCAGCCGUGCAGCCCACGCAGCACAGCAAGCCAGGCUUCUGGUCUCACGGAUCUCAGCCAGUCCGCACAAAACCUGCCUGAUCCAGGAGCAGAUAGACUUAUGAGUUCAGUGUCUGUCCUCCCUCCUCACCCUUCCUUGACGAGCGCUGCGCGCAAGUUGGCUCUAGCUCUGGCUGAGAGUGCCCAGAAGGCCAGCGGCGAUGGAUCCCAGAGGAGAACCACCCCCCACAUCCACCCGCACGCUCCCCAGAGACCAGACCCUCGACCCCCUCGGCCCUCCGUUCUCAAUCUCCAGCCGUACGCCCAGGAGUGCUCCGGCUUGCGGCAGCCCUCGGGCCGCGGCCCCAUUGACGGCCCUUACUGCCCUCACCCUGGCCAUUUCCCACCUGCACACCUCAGUUUAGAGCCGUUACAGGUCGGUGACGGACAGGAGACUGUUAAUAACUUUACCCCAAAUGUCAGCCCGCUGGGGUCGGGGAGCUUGGAGGAAGGGAACACAGAGAUGAGGGGUCACGGCCAGGAGAGAGAGCGAGCCCAGCCUGGUGACCUUCAGACUGAACCCGCCUAUCACAGCGUUGGUGUCUCAACUCCCACCCAGCCCGUUCAUGCCGACCUGAGCCCGUCCGCCUCCCCGGUGUACAUCAACACCGACUCCGUGAAUGCCUUUAACUUCCGAACAGUCUUGGCUGAGACCUCCGUGCCUGCCUCCAUCGAGGAGGUCCUUCCACGCCCAUCUCAGGCCUCCACAGUCCUCCACUACAGCCCCGAGGAGGACAGGGACUUGGGGUUGGUUGAGGAGGCGUACGUUGAUCAGUAUCACCCCAGUCUGACAGGCCGGAUGCCUGCACCUCACUAUCCCCGUCCCGACGCACUGCCCCUUCACCUUUCAGGGCCAAAAAGCACAUACAGGCUUUCAUCCGAGAGUCGCCACAGCACUUUAAGCUCAAAUCACCCCAUGUCGCCCCAAUUCAGAGGCUGCCCCAGAGAAGAGCGCCUCAUCCACGGCUGUCACAGACAGCAGGGCCGAUGGCAGACGUCAGAGGAUAGGAUAGCGGGGCCUCCUGUCAUGCGCAGGGCGCGCUCCUUCCAUUCCCCGCAAAUUAGUCACUAUGAGCUCGCGGAGGCAGAGGUUUUACCCCCUGACGCCAUGUUUUAUGUACAGCAGUCUCCCAGUCGGGAGGCGCCCUACCAGUGGCUGGUUGAGUCCCACCACCCUGCUCCGCCAUACUUUGAGAAUAGAAAUACUCAGUAUCGCCACAGCCCAUACUCUGAUAUUAGCCCGCUAGAUAGCGCCGCUCACUAUUACAUGGACCCGUACCGGCCGAGCGGUAUCCGACAUAGUCAGUCCUACACAUUGCGCUCCACAAGGGAAAGUGAAAGGCCCGAUUACUACCAUUACCCACCGCAACACCUCCCAGCUGCACACAGGGAGAUCUUUUUAGAGAGUAGAGAUGCCGUUUUCUACAAAAAUAGAGACACAGAUGGUUUCAGUCGGCGUGUGCAUCAACCCGUCAAGCAGGAAAAUAAAUACAGGCAUACAACCACCAGUCCGGCCUUAUCCCCCUGUGAGAAUCCCCCGUCACCUGUCGACUUAAUGGGACGAGAAAUCAUUCACACCAGGAGCAGGUCAGACCCAGGAAAUGCCUGCCUCCUCUCCGCCAUCAGGGCUGAUGGCGAGCACAAAGCAGGUGCCAAAUCCCCGCAUCCCAUGCCGCGGCCGCACCUUGCCAACAUAGAGGUUGCCCGACAGCAUGGUCAGUUUCUCGGCGAGGAGCCAGUCCUGGUCAGGAAGGGGAGCAUGUCGAAGCGCAUUCAGAUCAAGGAGGGCGCAAUGCUGGCACACCAAGCCCAGCCAAACCAGAAGCCGCACCUACGCAAAGUCCCCUCGCUUCCAGAGCGCGGAGCCGCUAAUCCGGCGAACAUCGAGCGCAAUGACCGAAGCCAUAAUACACGUGGUUGCGAGCAGGACAAGUUGAUGAUGACCGACGCCGUCGCCUCCUCUGGUUUGCCGAAAUCCAGCGUCUUUGUCAGGAGCCAGGGGCACUCUCAGAGCAUCAAAGAAGGCCGUCACUACCAACAUUACCGCAGUAAAUCCCCGCUGGACCCCGAGCAACUGGGGUUCAACUCCACUCAGUUCACCAGAAGAACUCAGAGCACCAAAGUCAGGCCGACUACACACUACGACCACACCGAGGGCUAUUACGCUGCUCCCAAACCUAAACCAACCAGAUCUGGCAAAGCUGUCACCGGAUACUUCCCCGGCUAUGGCUGCAUGUCUCCCCGCAGACACAGAUUGUUGUCCAAGGCUUUGGGUCAUGGUGCUUUUCAUCAGGCUGGACUGAGAUCAGAGGCCGGCGUCUAUGAGUGAUUCCAGCCACUGAUCUCAUCUAAUUCCACAUCAGGGGCCAAAAGGAGAGCGGCACUUUAUUCCUCUGCCAGACCGCGACACUAUCGAGUUCAAAGCUUAUUUGUUUAAAACCUUAAAGAGCUGCUGCAAGUCCAUCUGGAGUGGAACAGUAGUCGGGGCUACGAGCUUUGUUAGCACUCGGGAUAUCGGCGAUUUAAUGGAGCUCAGCGAACAAAUGAAUUCUAUGCUUACACUCUCAUUAACUUUGAGGUUGAUUGGAUUUGAUAGAUGUAGAAUAGUAACGCGACACUCCCCAAAAUCCUGUGUGCAAACGGCGAAUGGAUCCAAAGGAACACCCGGGUUUGUAAUUCUAAUUUUAAGACGCUACUAGGACUGUGUAUAAAGUAACAAAAAGAGUCAUUUUAAAUGUUCUGUAACAUAUUUGUAUAAACGAUGCAUAGCUAGCUUAUGUGGCAGGUGUACCGUUUGGUAUCAUUAUCAUUGUUUUUGUUAAUUGCAGCCCGAACUUAGACGAGAUGCACUUUUAAAUCUAGAUGAAUCCAAGUCAGUGUCUUACUGGACUUAAUAGGCAACAAAAUCUUCUUUCUUUUUUUUUCUUAGCAAAAAAACAACAACAACUUAUUGCUUGAAUCAUUGCGGAGGCACGCUGGGCAGGAAUAUGGAAGAUUGUGAUCGCAUCAUUUUCCAAAUAUUCAUCCACCGUAAUCACAAAGCGGACGCUGAAAAGUCAAACAUAGAUUAUUUACGAGUGCUUUGGUUUCCUUUCCGGAUUAAACAUAACUGUGGGAUAUGCCAGAUUUAAAUGAAAAUAAUUUUAUUUGUUAGAAAAAGCAUAUUUCAUAUUGCGUUGUACUCUUGUCAGAAAACGUAUCUCUCCUGCCUUUGUAGGAAUAUUUUAACAAUGUGGUAUUUUGCAUAUGGUGAUGUUUUUAUUCAUUAAAGACGCUAUUUCAGAUCCAAUCCUGUAAAUAAGGACGAUCCCGUUAAGACAUAUUAAUGUUUUAUUUUAACGAGAGUCUUGAAGGAAAAUAAAGACACGUCUUAU